UCCUGUGAUCAUGUUCUCCACACGCCCUCUUCUUGAAAACCCGCAGUAUUCCCAGAAACAACCCAAGCUUAACUCUUCGCUCAUUUCAACCGCCACUCAUGCAGGACUCACUCAAACACUUGUAUGAUCCGCUUGUUCCCGAGUCAGACCCUGUUUUUUCUGAAGAGGAUCUCGCAAGCCCAAAGAAAACAGUCCGGCUCCAAGAACGUAGAGUGGCAGUGGAAGGCGGUGGUCGCCGGAAGCCUCGCCUGAACAGAUAUGCUCUGGGCGGUGCCAUCUUGGCCUCCACCAACUCUAUUUUGCUGGGCUAUGAUAUUGGGGUGAUGAGUGGGGCGGUGCUAUUCAUCAGAGAGAGCCUCAUGAUCACACCAAUCCAGAUUGAGAUCUUGGUGGGUUCGCUCAAUGUGGUCUCGCUGAUUGGAUCUCUUGCCUGCGGCUGGACCUCUGAUUGGAUCGGCCGGCGAUACACGAUAGUCCUUGCAGCCUCCAUGUUCCUAAUUGGUGCACUUCUGAUGGGCCUUGCUCCAUCCUUCACGUUCCUAAUGGCUGGGAGGGUGGUCGCGGGGAUUGGUGUCGGGUAUGCCCUCAUGACCGCCCCAGUCUACGCUGCUGAGAUCUCUCCAGCGAUGACCCGGGGAUUCAUGUCUUCGUUGCCUGAAGUCUUUAUCAAUGUGGGGAUUUUACUUGGGUAUGUAUCCAACUAUGCCUUGUCAGGCCUACCAGUUGAUAUAAGUUGGAGGCUCAUGCUCGGGUUAGCAGGAGUGCCGGCGAUCGCAAUCGGGGCAGGAGUGAUGACGAUGCCAGAGUCACCAAGGUGGCUGGUCAUGGAGGGCAGAUUCGAAGAAGCAAAGAGGGUGCUGAUCAAGACGUCAGAAGAUGAAGCAGAAGCUGAAUUGAGGCUCAGUCAGAUGAAGACCAACAUAGUGGUAGAUGGUUCCACUGGCCGUGCUUCGGCCCGAAGGUGGGGGCAGGGUGUUUGGAAGGAGCUCCUCUGGAGGCCUGUGAGGCCUGUCCGCCGGAUUCUCAUAGCGGCCAUCGGACUUAACUUCUUCAUGCAGGCGUCAGGGAACGACGCGGUCGUGUACUUCAGUCCGGAAGUCUUCCAGGAUGCCGGGAUUAGCAAUAAGCAACAGCUAUUAGGGGUCACUAUCAUCAUGGGACUAGCCAAGACAUUCUUUGCCUUUGCUUCGGCUCUUUACUUGGACCAUUUUGGGAGGAGGCCUCUCUUAAUGUUGGGCUCGGUUGGAAUGGCGGUCUCCUUGGCGGGCCUGGGCCUGGGCUCGAAGAUCAUUGAGAGAUCCGGGAGCAAGCCGGCGUGGGCCAUUGCACUGUGCGUGGUGGCUGUCUGCGCGGACGUCUCGUUCUUUUCGAUAGGGCUCGGGCCCAUCACUUGGGUCUACUCGUCUGAGAUAUUCCCAACGAGGCUGCGGGCCCAGGGCACGAGCCUCGCCAUAGCGCUGAACCGGGUGGUGAGCGGUGCAGUGGCGAUGUCGUUUUUGAGCAUUUCGAGGGCGAUAACGUUCGGGGGCAUGUUCUUUGUGUUUGCAGGAAUCAUGGGGUUGGCGACCGUGUUCUUUUAUUUCUUCUUGCCCGAGACCAAAGGCAAGAGCUUGGAAGAGAUUCAGGUCCUUUUUGAGAAUGAAGACACUGCAAGCUCGUAAAAUUGAGAUUGAUCAAGCAUGAUUUUUCAUGUAAGAAGUUCCUUGGGCUUUGUUUUGCAGCUAAAAAUGUCAAUGGAAUUUAAUGCUAGGGGGUUUGCUUUGUAAUAUAUGUACGUAUUAAAUAAGGAAUAUGACAUUACAAACGCCAAAA